UUUAGAGCCCACCAAAGCAAGCUCCACUGUCUCUCUUUCCGUUUGGAAUCCAUGGCCGACGGCGGCGGAGAGGGCGGCGGGAGCGCCGACUGGCUGCCCAUAUACGACCGCGUGGAAGCGAUGCUGAGCAAGAGCCAGGCGGAGUCUGAGGCGCUCGCCGCCGACCGCGCGCGCCUGGAGGCGGCCGACAGGGUCCAGCGCGAGUCCCGGGAGGCGGCGCGGUUGCUUCAGCGGACCGUGGAGGAGCUUCAGGCGGCUGCGCGGGAGAAGGACGUCGAGAUGGAUAGACUUCGGGAAGAAGCCGCCGACGCCAAGAAGAAGCUGCAGGAAGUGCGCCAGGCGGAUGUGAGCAGGAGGGGGAGGUGGGAGGCGGCCUACCUGGACCUGCUUCUCGGCGCUAACCAGAGGCUCACCGAACUCAGAGAUGGUGACUUGGAGGAUUCCAGAACUUGUGCAGGAACCCCAAACCCUAAGGAAGUUGGAAGUUGCCCAAGGCUCAGCCAAAAUAUGGUGGAUCACAUUGGAAGCGAUUUACGUACAGAGCUAAGAAAACUAAAGCAGGCUUACGAGACUCUGAGCUCAAACAAGGACCAGGAAGUUUGUGCACUAGUCGCAGAAAAGGAUUCUGUGAGUAAACAGUUGAGCAUGAUGCAUCAAGAUUACGCUAACAAGAAAGUGGAGGCAGCACUAGCUACUGAAGCAGCACUAAAGCUCCAGCAGAGUGUCGAUGAGCUUAAGGUGUUGGCCCAAAAGAAGGAUGAUGAGAUUGCCAGACUCCAAGCACAAGCUGUGGGGGCCAAAAUGAACUUGCAGAAAACACACUCCUUGGUGAAGGAGAAAGAUGAUGAGACCCCAAGACUCAAAAUUCGGCAACCUAUGUCUGUUCUAAGGCCCAUCAAGGAUAGCAAUGAGACACAUAAAAAAUCCAGGUCUGAUGAUCCAGCUGUAAGUGGCAAAUCCAGAAACAAUGUAGGAAACGAUGGGCAAGAUGAAACUAGUCAGAAGCGCAGGUGUGUCUCUUCCACAUCUGAUCGUCAGCACACAGUACGGCAACAUUAUGGGAGUACUUCGGCACCCUCGUUUGCAACCAGCCUGGCAAAGCUCAUCGUGGCGGACCAGCAGUCCAAGUUGGAUCAGCGGUUGCCUGGGCGCUCUGGCCGGGGCCGGGGCCGGGGCCGGGGCCGUCUAGUUGGUCGGAGACGGUCAUGCGACCAGGCUGAAAUAGGAGGUCAGAUCGAGGUUCAGGAGGAGGAGAAACAGCAGCCCGAGGAGGAGCAGUCGCAUCAGCGUGCAGUAGCCCAACCUUGUGAGCAACUCCCAUCAAUGUCAGCGGCAGCGGCAGCCGGCUUGAUCAAGCUCAAAGAGGAGCAGCUCAUCUGGGACGUGAAGGACAUUAUGGCGGACCAACCUGACAACAAGCACGAGGAGUUCUUCGAGUUCCUGUGCAAUUUCGAGAACUGGAGAAUUGAAGAUGUGGCCCGAACUAUGGCGGUCCUGUUAGACGGACACCCCAAGCUCAUCCGCCGGUUUAACCGUUUCUUGCCUUGGUAUUGGCAGAUCGAGAUUGAGGAAGAGGAAGAGAAGCAUCACCAUGACGAGUCAGGGACAGCCGGCUUGGUCAUGCUCAAGGAGGCGGAACAGUAG